CCCAGUAAGUCAAAACCCAGAAAACUAGCCCGACCCGAACUGGAUUCGUCAAUUCAAAAAGCCCGAGUAUCUUCUCCACUUUGUAAAAGUGUGAACUACCCAGAAAACUCGAAUUCUCUCGAAAGAUUUAUGAUGAAGAUCUCUGUUCUUUCAAGAUACAGCACAGUUGUUGUCACCGCAAACAGCAGAACAAGGUCUGUUUGGUGCGCUUUCAAGGAAGGUUCCUGUACGAGAGGUUUAGGGUUGAGACCGUUUGAGCAGUUCCCUCUUGACUGGAGAUUCAAAGAAGCCUAUUGGACUCCAUUUGUUUGAAACAUUUAUCGACAAUGUCUAAAGAUGGUCUGAAAAAGGGAGUUGAAGUUAAAUUUCAAAGGAAUGCACCCAGUGUGCUGGACCAUCCUGUUGGCAAUGAAGCGGAUGAAGAUAAUGAUGCUGUUGCUGAUUACUCAAGCAGUGGCUCUGAUAUUAGUGACGAGGACCACAAUUUUUCCAUGGGUGUCCACACACCCAACAAGCAAAUGUUUCAGUCAUCAACUCCAUCUUCAUCAGCAAAAUCAAUCAACCGUGGCACUAACCGAAAUGUACAUUCGACUACUUGGAUUCGUAAACCUGGCGUGGACUUGUCAAAACUAGGAAUGAACUCACUGCGCCGAUAUUGCCAAGAAUACAACAUUUCAGGCAUCAAUUCUGAUUCAACAAGGGAACAAGUUCUUAGGGCUGUAGAGCAUCAUUUUGUUUCACAGCCUCCAUUGGAUGAGGUGCAAGUGAUUAGAGAUCUGCUGAUUCAUCUGGCCAAGGAGCCAAAAAACAAAAAUUUCAAGCAAGAACCGUGAACACCUUUUACCUUGUGUAAAAUGGUGCAGUUUGUAAUUCCCCUGAUCAGGUCAAUACUAGGACAAACAAAUGAGAAUAAUACGUUGGUGAGGAAAAAUCUUCCCCCUGGACUUCACUCCAAUGGUUUUGAAUUUUCAAGCAUCACGUCGCACGCAUUACUGAUUUGAAUUGUUAGUGGUGAUGGGUUAGCAGUCGAGCAAUUGUGCUGUGGCUUUAUAGAAACGUUAUUCGCGUUCUAUUUUCCUUUCUGGGUCCUCAAAUUUGCAACAAUUUUGUUACCAUAUCCCUCUUUAUAGCUAAUUGCAUGUCUUGCAAACUAUGGUUGAUUCAUAUUAAAUGGUUUCUGAGUUGCCAGACAGAUUUGUUGGCAAAAUUAUAGAUUGGAAUGAACUGAUUUUGAUC